CCUGCCCUCCUACCCGCCGAUCCGCUGUCGGGAACGGCGAUGCCGCGGACCGUCGCCCUCCUCCGCGCGAAUUCCCCAAACGGGCUUCGCUGCGCUGUGACAGCGCGCUGAUGCGCGAGACGCGGCAGCGCGGCGAAGCGCGCGGCACGGCGAGCCACCGGUGUGACAUGGGCCCCCGGAGCCCGGACCCGAGAGCGAGCCGCGCCGACCAUGAUCGAGAUCCGAAACGCGGCGGUGGUCAGCAUUUGUCUCGUGGUUCGCUUCGCGUCUCAGGAGCGGUAACUACAGACCGAAGAACAACACAAUUUUUCCGAAAGAGAACAACAGCUGGCGGAGCAACUCGUCCACGAGCAAAAAGCCGUAGAACAAGAACAGCUCGCCUCGCACCCAUGACUUCCCCUCGCGCUCCGAUCGCCCCCAUCCUUCUGAGCCGGAGCAGCCAGAGCGGCCGAGAACCAGUGUGAACGUCUCGUCUCUUCACACAGGACCGAAGCAGUGCCGAGGACACUUGUACUGAAAACACGCUGAGGGAGAUGACCCACUCUUGGCCGCAGCCUCUCUCCUCCCUACAGGCCCCUGGUGGAAGGGAGCCCAACCGAUUCCCUUACGGCUCCAAGCAGGUGAAGCAACAUGGUUCUCAUCAAAAGCCAUCAGCAAGGACAGACGCUCCAACGAGGAUGGGGCCUUCAUUCACAGCACCUCACAAAUCGAUGCUUGAGGAUGACCUGAAGCUCAGCAGCGACGACGAUGACGGCACCAUGCAAUCCUCUUCUGGGCUCGGCCACGGAAGCCGGCCCAGGCCCCAGCAGGACGAGCAGCGGCCGUGCGCACAUGGCGGCCGGACGCGACAUUCCAACUCCGGAUCCUCCAGCGCGGGCUCCUCCAGCGACUCGGACAGCGGCAGCAGCCCACGCUCGCGCAGCCCCGGCCCGCAAUCCCCAUCCGAACCUGGGUCACCCGCUGCUGAGCCGCCCCUGAGCAUCGGCACAGAGGAGGCUACAGAGUGGCAGCUGGACAAGUGGCUGAAGAGGGCAGGAAAGACCCAGGGGCCUGGAGACCAGGCUGCAGCUGGACACGCACCCAACGCAGAUUCUUCAUCCGGCUCCGAGUCAGACGACAUCCCAUCUCCAGCAGGGUCCUGGGGGAAAGGUCCUAGCCCAGGACCCAGGGAGGAACAAAGUCCUGUUCCUAGCCCUGGUCUGGACUACUGCAGGGGACCUAGUCCACUGCUGAGCUUGAGCCCCAGCUCCAGCCCUUCACCUAGUCCUAGAAGCCCCAGUCCCAUAAUCCAUGCUCAGCUGAGCCCCUAUGCACACGGAAGUCCAAGUCUUGCCCGUAGUCCUACACCCCCAGCUCAGUUGAGACCUGCACCUAACCCCAAAAGCAGACUCGGUGUCAGGGUCUGGGAUACUCCGGGCAUCCGACCUGAUCCCCCAUGCAGAAAAAGCCCCCCUCGAAGCUUCAGCCUCAGGCAUCCGUCUCACCCAAACUCCAAGCUAGACCCAAGGGCCAGAGCCAAACCGCAGAUCAGGGACACCUCCAACAGGGACAUCAGGUGGGACAAGUCCUCGUCACAGAGCAAAGGACAAGAGGUGGAUGGCCGAAAGAAGGCACCGCCAACCGGCACUCCAUCGGAAAGGAGAGUUACAGAAAACAAGGAGGGGUCACGGAGACCCUGCUGGGCCAAGGGCUCUGAGGGAGCAGAUAAGAGGAAGGAGGAGGCAGGGUUGGUGAAGGAGAAGCAGAGACCAAGGACAGAGGGACUGGAAACCCGGGCGGUGCAGUCCAAGCAGAGGCCCCGUAGCAACAGCCAAAGGCGUCCACAGGAAACGCCCCCCAGCAGCACUGAGAAGCAGAAGAGGAAAAGAAGGAGGAAAGCCCAGGAAGUUCUGGAGGACCCCAGGUCUUCCCGGCCCUCCUCUCCCUCCCCCACACCCGUCAUUCCCCCAACAGACUCUUCGUCUUCCUCUUCAGGCUCAGACUCAGAGCCUUUCUCACCCCCUGUAGUCGCAAAGGUCCCGGGAGACUCUACCUGCAGCAAGCAGCCCGUCUCUAAGAGGUCGCAGAGCAGAGCCAGGGCCACGGAGGUCCGAACUGCAACAGUAGAGACCGGAGGGCAGGCCACAGAUCCCCGGGCUGGAGACUCAGGCCAGAAGCGCUACACCCUGGUCCCAUUCGGACGUAGCGAGACACCGACUGGCUCCUGCCGAUCUCCCCAGCCUGGUCCACGGCCUCGCCCCCCGCCACAUGGCCCCCACUCUCUCGUGGUGAGGAUAGACCUCUCCCUGCUGCUUCGGGUGCCCACUGCUUCCUGCGUCUCUCAGGGCCAGGCCACCUCUUCCUCCUCCUCUCCCACUUCACGGAGAGACAGACACACCAUGAGACACACACACGGCCCUGAAGUGGACCCUAGCGACCACAAGAGAAAGCGCAAGUCUGAAAACAGGGGUCCACAGCAGGUCAGUAAGAGGAAUCACUCUCAUACCGAUCCCAGGUCAGGUCAGACUACGUCCACUGAGAGAACCGCUGUGGAGUCCAGCACUGAGAUUCGAGUCAACGGGUAUGAGGAGGGUUUCUAUGGCGAUGAGAGGCAGCCCUUGUCUCCGCUAUCCCCUCUGUCAGACUCCUCCGAACCACCCAAGAACAAUGCUCCCCCGAAGCGCUCGAGCCAGAAAAGGGGAGGAUCUGAAACAGAGAUCUGUUUUACUCUGGAAAAAGAUGCUGCCAUGCAGAACACACAGGCUCAGGUGCCCAGGACACAUGCACAAGUGAAGUCAGAGUCGCCAAGACUCGCUGGAGUCCCCCUGCCCACGUGUGAAGGUUGGGGACCCCUCCCAAUUCAACCACUUCCUCACCGGGGGGCUCUCAUUCACCCUGACAUGUUACACCAUGCCGAAUACUAUAUGCAUGAAGCCAAGAGGAUAAAACAUCGUGCAGAUGCCAUGGUGGACAAGUUUGGGAAGGCAGUGAACUACGUGGAUGCGGCGCUCUCCUUCAUGGAGUGUGGGAAGGCCAUGGAGGAAGGCCCCCUGGAGGCCAAGUCCCCCUACACCAUGUAUGCCGAAACCGUGGAACUUAUUAGGUAUGCUAUGAGGCUGAAGAAUCACGCCGGGCCAGCAGCGCAGCAAGUGGACAAACAGCUGGCUGUACUCUGUUUUCGCUGCCUUGCCCUGCUUUACUGGAGGAUGUUCCGGCUGAAAAAGGAUCAUGCCAUCAAGUACUCCAAAGCCCUACUUGACUACUUCAAGAGUUCCCCCAAAGCUUCCCACGCAGUGCCCCCCUGGACCACCAGUGCAAAGAGCACAGGAACAUCUCCAUCUCCACUGAACCCACUGGGGCCACAGUGUGGCAGCUCGCCCUCUGCCCUUGUUACCAUUCCCCAGCGCAUCCACCAGAUGGCAGCAAACCACCUCAACAUUACCAACAGCGUCCUGUACAGCUAUGAGUACUGGGAGCUCGCUGACAGCCUGGCGAGAGAAAACAAAGAAUUCUUCAGCUACCUGAACACGCUCAUGGGGCCACUGACUCUCCACAGCAGCGUGCAGCAUGUUGUCCAGUACACGCGACAGGCUCUACAGUGGAUUCGGAUCAGUGCCAACCUGUCGUAGAGCACAGUCAUGACUCUCAUCAGUCAAAAUGCUGUAACAAAGAGACCCCUCCACCUCCACCACCAGAACACACGAUCCACCUCUUUCAGGAGCUUCUUUUACUUUGGGUUUUGUUGUUGUAUGCUUUGAACUGCAGGGGGUGCUGUUGAUGUAAUUUUUAUGACACCGCAUCAUCAAGUUCACUGAACAUCUGAAACAAUGAGAGUUUGGGUCCUGCUGGGAGAGUAGGCCAAGGAGGCGAACAUCAAUGACCAGCUGGGACCUAUUUAAGAUGAAGAGGUGGAUUCUGGGGGAAUCAGAUCCUGCAGACAAGCAAACAACACAGAAUCAACAGCAGGACCUUUAUGUAACACAUCUUGCUCUGCCCAGCCGUGAUCUCGGUUGAGAGACGGGCGCAGGAAGGCACUUUUGCUUGGAGAGGUGGGGUGGCAUCUCCAUUGUCUUCCCUCUGGUUAAGGAGGAUGUGACCUGACGAAAUAGUAAUGACCACAUGUGACUCGUUCAAACAGGGAACUUCAUCUGUCAUCAUCACAAUGACUGAUGCUUAGGCUUCACUGAUGUUAAACUAACAGGUUAUGGUGAGGUGCCUGUGUGGAGUUUCUGUCAUUCUGAAACCAUUUUAUAUGAUUCUUUCUCCCACUUUUAUAUAUUAAUCGUGCAAUAUUUAUGUUUUCAUGUAUUCUUCAGAGCAACCUUAUUUUAAAACCGGAUCGGAUGCAAGCGUGGUUUUUUUGUGACGUUAUUGCAAUACUGUGUGGCAUAGCAUUCGGUGUUUCAA